AUGUAUCUUCAGUGCUAUAUCAACGAGAAGGGUGAGAAGGUUUACACCACUAAGAAGGAAUCACCCCUCGGGCUUGCCACUGAAUCUGCCCAUCCAGCCCGAUUCUCCCCUGACGAUAAAUAUUCAAAGGAGAGAGUUACGUUGAAGAAGCGAUUUGGUCUCUUACCGAUCCAGGGCGCACCUGUCAAGUACUGA